ACACCCAGUCCCCCUCCUAAAAUCAUCAUCAUCAUCUAUCCGUAAAAAUCAAAAUCAACGGCCAGGAUCUACACUCCUUCAAUAACUCCACCUGACCCCCCAUCCCUUGCUGCAUCUCCAAGCAAAGCCAGCAAAACACACCGCUACCAUUUCUCUCUCUCACCGCUUCUGCCUCUGGGCUGCAUUUCUUAAAUUAGUGUCACUCCCUGUCAACAAUGGCGACACGGAUUGGUUCUGCUGCCAGACGACUAGCAUUUCGAAGAUUCUCGAGCGGCGGAAAAGUUCUCAGCGAAGAGGAAAAGGCUGCAGAAAAUGUUUACAUCAAGAAAGCUGAGAAAGAAAAACUGGAGAAACUCGCACGCAAGGCGGAGACAACUGCCUCAGGCUCAGGCGGGGCAUCAACUGAUAUCAAAGCAAGUACUGCUGCUUCCCCAACACCACCUGGAGCAUCCACUGAAAAAGUAUCAACUGAUAAAUACCGGAAUUAUGCAGUUGUAGCUGGUACAGUUACAGUUUUUGGUGCUCUGGGAUGGUAUCUCAAAUCUGGUGGGAAGAAGCAAGAGGAAGUCCGGGAUUGAUGCCAUUGUGUUUUGUGAAGAAUGAAGGAGGCAUCACUUUUUAACUGCUACUACUGCUUUUGGAGUCAUAGUAGUAACUAGCAAUAUGCAUGAUUUUGCAUACGAUGUGCCUGGACUUUUCUUUUAAUCAUAAGAGCAACCGUGUAUGGUUUGCCAAUUCUUUUCUGCAUUUGACAAUGGCUUUAAAGAUCAGCUUUGUUUAACCUUUCCUGAGACCACUUGUCAAUAAACUUUCCUAGAAAUGACAAGAAUUAUUUGAGGAA